AUGGCUCACACAAGCCCCCCUCAAGCCGUGCUUUGGAACAACCCCGACGGAUCCUACUAUUUCAUCAACUCAGAGAACGAGGUGAUUGAUGCUGCGACCCAGUUGACUUCUUGGGCGCCGCCGCCUCAGGGAUUCGCUGAGCCAUAUGGAUUGGGGCUUCUGAGACCUCGAGAGAUUCAUCGCUCGCCUGCCUCGAUUACUGGUUCCACGGACUCGAACGUGUCCGGCGGAACAAGCGUGUCAGGACAGAUGAUGAUGUCUCCGGCAGGGCCUGCCCACGUCCUCUCGACAUGCUCCGAACGCAAUUCACCACCGUAUCUCCCGAGGGAACCAUCGCCCACCGCAGCAUCACUUCUGCCACCAACCCAGGCGGUGGCGAGAUUCAUCUACCAAGUUGGCUGGCCACCGUCCCAGCCCUUCUCUAUAGUGCAUCCACUACCGACAGGGUUUCAAGACCGCCCGAAGCUCUGGGAUUAUGCCCGGCUUCGAGUUCCUCGGGACCGUCUGCCUUCGUUUGGAGAGUUUCUCGCCGGCAAACCCGCUUUGCCUGAUGGAAUACCCGAUGCACUACCUACUGAUACAUUUACGGGAGGCAACUACAGGAUGUUUGGAGCGCCGGGUUCGCAUGACAUGCUGCCUGCUACGUCGAUUCCUGUCACAGGCAGCCACGGCGAGCUGUCAGACGCAGCAGCUUCUCAGCCUUACCCGUCGCCCCCGACAACUGCGGACGAGGCAGAAACCGUGAAGCUCGAAGGGCGUUCGGAAGAAGUGCUCUGGACGAGGCCGGAUGAGGCGGACAUAAUUGUGGUGGGCGAUCGACGAUAUCCUGCCCGUUCACGUCACCGAUACUCGCUCCCGGUCUGCCCGCCGGAGGAAGAGAACCCCAUUCAAGUCCGAGAGAGUGGAAGGUGGGCGCAGGUGACUGGCAAGAUGCUCUCCUCCCCAUUCGGGCCUGGCCGUCAUCAAGUGCUCGACCUGGCCACGGGGACGGGCAGGUGGGUGUUGGAAAUGGCGUACAAACAUCAGCAGUCUCGAUUCAUCGGGACCGAUAUCAUUUCUCUCUUCCCAAUGUCCGGCUUGUACGACACGCGGUUCCUGAACGAAGAUGUGAACGGGCCGUGGAGGUGGGAGAAGGGCUACUUCGACCUGAUCCACAUGCGAGACCCCAUGUUUGUGGUGCAGGACUGGCCCUGUCUGGUGGCCAACAUCUUCACCUCUGUCAAGCCUGGCGGCUGGGUUGAACUGAGCUGUACCAGCUUGAAGCCUGUGAUGGUCCAAGGCCCAGAAUUGAGUCCUCCCCGCUACAAAGACGGGUUUCUGGAGCUGUGCGACACCCUCGUCGCCGCGUCCAAGGCCUAUGGCACUCCCAUGGACUGUGUGGCAUUUUUCAGCCAGUACCUGAAGGAUGCAGGCUUUGUCGACGUCGUCGAGGACAUCCAACAGUUCCCGCCGGAACACAACAAGCAGUUGGCCAGACGCUUCUACUCCUUGGUGGAGAAGCUCUACCACUCCCGACCCAAAGAUGACUCGGAUCCUCCGUUCUUUUCCAUGGCCUUUGACUGGACACCUAAGCACAGCGUUGACAAGAUGGAAUUGUUUCGCAAGUCUUCGCACAGGUUAUUCCCUCACCAGAGCUUCAUGUUUGAACAGUGCGUUUGUGCUCUCUUUUAG